GAAUCCAUUUCACUGAUGCAAGAACAUUUUAAUAACAUAAACAUGGACCCACUCCCUGAACAUACACUAACAGACACUAGAUCUACUCUUAUUAAGGAGGAAUCAGCCCCCUCACAGACACUCACAUUUAUAAACCCACAGAACAUACACCGACAGAAUAUCCAUCUACUCCUAUCAAAGAGGAACUGGCCUCAUGUGAAGAGGGAAAUCUCACUGAUUCUUAUUUACUUCUUGAAUAUAGAUCUUUUCGGGUUAAGGAGGAAACUACUUUAUAUGAAGAUGAAACUAAAACAGACAAUGAUAUUUAUACACAGAGAGACUAUCCAAAUAAUCAUGUUAAGGAGGAAUCCGCCUCACUGGAAGAGGACAAUAACAAAAACACCAUAAUAUGUAGAUUUAUAGAACAUUCAUCUACAGCUCUUACUAAUCACAAGAACAUAAUACAGAGCAGAAUGUACCUCAGUACAUGCCAUCACCCCAAUGCAAUCGACAGAUUGUACACCUGCUCUGAGUGUCUGAAAUGUUUUGCUUGUAACUCAGAACUUGUUAUCCAUAAGGCAAUUCACAAUGAGAAGAAGUCAACUUCAGAAAUUGGGAAACUGUCCAAUCGCAUACCCCAAAGCUCUCACUCAGGGGAGAAAAUAUUAUUUACAUGUCCGGAGUGUAAUAAAUCAUUUAAUAAUAAGACACAUUUUAAAGUCCACCAGAGAAUUCACACUGGAGAAAAACCGUUCUCGUGUUCUGAAUGUGGGAAAUGUUUUAUACGGAAGGCAGAACUUAUCACUCACCAGAGAAUACACACAGGAGAGAAACCAUUUGCCUGUUCUGAGUGUGGAAAGCGCUUUAGCAAUCGUUCAAAUGUCAUUGCACACAUCAGAAUUCACACAGGAGAGAAACCAUUUUCAUGCUCUGUUUGUGGGAAACGUUCAUACAAAAGAAAAGCCAUUCUCGUGUUCUGCUUGUGGGAAAGCUUUUUCCACUAAUGGAAAUCUCAUGACCCAUCAGAGAAUCCACACAGGAGAGAAGCCGUUCUCCUGUUCUGUUUGUGGUAAAUGUUUUACUGACGGAUCAGGCCUUGCAAUACAUCGGAGGAUUCACACAGGAGAGCAACCUUUUCCUUGUCCCCAGUGUGGGAAAUGUUUUCCUAGUCACUCGCAUCUUGUUAGACACCAGAGAAUACACACAGGGGAAAAGCCCUUCUUGUGUUCUGAAUGUGGGAAACGAUUUAACAAUAAGGCAAGUCUUGUUACCCAUCAGAGAAUUCAUACUGGAGAGAAACCAUUCUCCUGUUUUGAUUGUGGGAAACGGUUUACUGCUCGCUCCGGCCUUCUGGCCCAUCAAAGAAUCGAUACUGGAGAAAAGCCUUUCUCUUGUUCUGAUUGUGGGAAAUGUUUCACUGAUGGGUCGGGGCUUGGAAUUCAUCUGAGAAUUAAUUCUGGAGAACAACCUUUCCUUUGUUCUCAGUGUGGAAAAUGCUUCCCAAGCCACUCACAUCUUGUCAGACACCAGAGGGUUCAUACAGGGGAAAAACCUUUCUGGUGUAGAGAUUGUGGAAAAUGUUUCACCAACCCUUCAGGCCUAGUUACUCAUCAGAAGAUCCAUGCUGGAGAUAAACCUUAUGAAUGUUCUGAAUGUGGAAAAUGUUUUGUAUUGAAGGGAUAUUUGACAAGGCAUUUGGUCAAACACGCAGGAGAAAAAAUGUCAGAUAUUAGCUAAAGGUAAACGAAUCAACCAAGAACAUAGUGCAAUUUGUCAUAGUGCAAAUCAUUUCAGAGCUUCAGGCAACUAUAACUUUUUGAAAAAUAGAAAGCCAACAAUAGUUAACCAAUUUGAGUAGUUAGAGGUUUUGUAAUAUUGUCUUGAUUGUGUGUGAGCAAAGGGAUCUACAAUUAGUCUUACUUUAUCCUCGUAAGUUAACAUCAGACAUAGAUUUAUGGAUCAGAUAUUUUAGCCCAGUAAUUCUUAACCUGUUCCUCAAAAGCUUAAAAUGGUCCCUGAAUUUACGAUUCUCUCCUUAUUUUGUUAAAUGGUGGUAUAAACUGACAUGGUUAAUAUGGUGAUUGUAACAGAUCACCUGGCACCCCAACUGGGUACCUCCCGUUGAAGGAUGCUCCUAGCACUUCCUGAGGGCUCUAAGUGCUCCACCAGAGACCAUAACCACCGCAGACCCCACGAACCGCCACAGCUUGGUUGGAGUUUCACCAUCUCAUACCCACCCUGGACCUACCACAAGGCUCCAGUUUCCAGUGGGUGAACCUCUCUUUCCCCAGAGAGUGAAGCAGGAACAAGCUCUUAAAAGAGCUUAGUAAUUAUCCAAGUGAGUAUGAAGAGCAUAGCAAUCCCUUGUAGCUGUUUCCCCCAAUAAAAGACAGGACUCUAAAUUGAGGGAGAAGUAGAACUGGUUUAAUGAGCACAAAGGCAUUUCUUAUAUACAGUUUUCCCCACAAGGUUACCACCCAUGUGGACCUUGUGGAGCACAGGACACAAAGUCACAACAGCCAAUCAACACAGUAUUGUACAGUCAGACACUCCCAGCUAAUGUACACAAACCCUCCCCUCUACCUGUGAUACAAUUACCAAACACAAUGGACUUACUCAAUUACCACAGGCAGAAAAUAUCCAGUUUUACCCAAAGUCCAGAAACACCCCAAAACAACAACAUAUCCCCACAAAUUAUGCAUCCAUAGAUAGCCCUGAUCUGGGUGAACAACAUAUCCAAAAAUCACCCAGAUCAGAGCAGGGGUUCAAAAGUUUUAUGAAAGUCACAUUUGACCGACCGGUCUAUCUCCUCCUCUAUCCUGAAGAUAAUUGGCUUAAGUGACUGUGGUAACUUAAUUAUCUCCAGUAACAGGAAAUAUCUCUAAGCCAAAAACUGUUACAAAAACCACAUAAAAAUACAUAACUCUUAUAAUACAAUGUUUAACCUAUAUGUCCAACAUAUCCCCAGAUAGUUUGGAUCUGAGCGCUCAGUAUGUCCAAUGUUAAAAGUGCCCUAUAGUACAAGGAAGGGUGAGGUCAGAAAAUAGCAAUGGCUGAUGGAAGAUUGAGGAGGGACAAAGCAGCCAGUUUCAACUGGUCUGGCAGUGUCCCUGGGACAACGCCCUGCUGGAGAACAACAGGACAGGAAAAAGGGGGAGGGGAGGAGGCAUAUUUUUACAUGGAUUUAAAGGGGCAGACAAAGUGUUUUAAAAUCCAAUAAGCCCAAAUAGACUUUUUAGCAUGUCUUUUUGCAGGGCCCGUUGUAUUGGGACAGGAGGCUGGCAAGUAGCCCCCUCCAAAAACUCAUGGCAAACUCCCUAAAAAAGGGGAGUUUGUCACAGUGAUGUACUUACAAAAUUUUAAGGAAAUCAGGAAAGUAAUUGAGUAAUUCACUAAACUCUGGAUUUUUUGCAAAAUAAAUUGCAAUGACAAAACUA